GCUCCUUCAUAGGCCUGAGCGUCCCUUCCUGUCGGCACGCCCACCCCGCGCUGUGGCCUCGCCCUCGCGCGUGGUUUGAAGACUGGUCCCGCCUGCUGCCCCUGAGGACUGGCGGGUUUCCGCUGGUGGCGCGGGGUUCUGAAAGUAGGAGGGACACCUGAACCCUUCGCGAGACCCAAGGAGCAGAGAGGAGGGAGUCAGAGGCGGGCCUCCCGGAGAAUUGUCGCAGAGGUGGCGGACUUUGAUCUGGGCCUCGAAGAGGAAGAAUUUGGGAAAGGCAGGCGAGGCCUUCCAGGAGAUUUUUGGGAAAUUAUGAGUUACUUCUGUUCAAGCAUUGAGAGGCAAAAUGACCAAAGUGGAAAAGGAUGAACCUCUUUUUCCUUUCCGGGAAUAUAUCAUUUGCCGUUGAGUUUGUGUUGCAAAAUUUUCUGCAAGAAUUCAAGAGAAUAUUUAUUGAUAAGCACAAGUAUGAAAAGGCAUUGCCAGAGUGCUAAUUGACAGAACUCUUACAUGGGUUAGGAUUUAGUUUCCCUGUAACUUCUAAACCAAUGGAGAGAAAAUGGGAAGCAAAACUGAAGCAAAUUGAAGAACGAGCAUCUCAUUAUGAGAGGAAACCGUUGCCCUCAGUAUACAGACCAAGAUUGUCCAAGCCAGAAGAACCACCCUCCAUUUGGAAACUAUUCCAUCGGCAAACUCAGGCUUUUAAUUUUGUUAAAAGCUGUAAAGAGGAUGUUCACGUAUUUGCUUUGGAAUACAAAGUGGGCGAUGGGCAACGUAUUUACCUGGUGACAACCUAUGCUCAACUUUGGUUUUAUUAUAAAUCCCGGAAAAAUCUCUUACACUGCUAUGAAGUCAUUCCUGAAAAUGCUGUGUGCAAGCUUUAUUUUGAUUUGGAAUUUAACAAACUUGCAAAUCCAGAAGCUGAUGGAAAAAAGAUGGUUGCAUUACUCAUUGAGCAUGUUUGUAAAGUACUUCAAGAGCUAUACAGGGUUAAUUGUUCACCUGAAGAUGUUUUCAACUUGGAUUCCAGCACUGAUGAAAAAUUUAGCCGUCAUCUAAUAUUUCAGCUUCAUGAUGUGGCAUUUAAAGAUAACAUUCAUGUUGGUAAUUUUGUGAGAAAAAUUUUGCAGCCUGCUUUUCAUUUAAUUGGCAGGGAAAAUGACGAUAGUACUUCAGAGACCGCGGGCCAUGAAUUUUCCCGUUUUCCUGAAACACCAAUUAAACAAGGAAUUUCCUGUAGCAAAAUGUCCUCAGAUACAGACAGAGGAGAGAGCUGUGCCUGGAAUUCAAAGGAACGGGAGAGCCCGGGCUCAGCUGAGCUGAACAGUCCUGACCUAUCAUUUUUAGUUGUGAAGAAUAAUGUAGGAGAAAAGCAACUCUUCGUAGACCUCGGAGUUUAUACAAGAAAUAGAAACUUCCGGCUAUAUAAGUCAUCAAAGAUAGGGAAGCAGGUGGCUCUGGAGAUUGCUGAAGACAACAGAUUUUUUCCUGAACGGUCCAAGAAUAUUUCUGAAGAAAAUCAGUAUUUCCUGUCUUCUUUGGUCAGCAAUGUCAGAUUCUCAGAUACUUUACGAAUUCUGACCUGUGACACAUCUCAGAAUGAACAGAAACGAGUUGAAUAUUUUAACAGUACCAGCACUAAAGCAGGAAACAUUGAAGGUUUUCAUUGUUCACCCUACCCUGAAAUUGACCAGUUUGUUCUUUCUUUGGUGAAUAAAAAUGGCAUUAAAGGAGGAAUUCGACACUGGAGCUACUUUUUCCCAGAGGAAUUACUGGUUUAUGAUAUUUGUAAAUAUCGCUGGUGCAGAAACAUUGGGAGGGCCCACAAGAGCAAUAAUAUCAUGAUUUUGGUUGAUCUGAAAAAUGAAGUUUGGUAUCAGAAAUGUCAUGACCCUGUAUGUAAAGCAGAAAACUUCAGAUCGGACUGUUUUCCAUUACCUGCUGAAGUGAGUCUCCUUUAUCUUCUCAAAGAGGAAGAAGAGUUCACAGCAGCUGAAACAAUGAACAGGGACACCAGAAGUGCUCAGAAGCCACCAUCGGGCCUGUUGUCAGAAGGUGCCAUUUCUGACGCCGACUGGGACGAUGGCCUUGACGAGACUGACUUUGUGGAAGCUACUGAAGAUGCUGAACUCGCCGAAGCCGCAGAGAGCGGGCUCCUUGGUUACUGCGGUGGAGAGGGGGACAUUCCCGAUGAACUCAUCGUGCAGAGGACACUUAGGUUGCUUCCAUAUCUUGGCUGCUUCAAGGAAUAAUAAUGCUUCAAUAAACAUAGGUAUGAUACAUUCCUUUGAAUUACUGUGUUCAUUUUCUUCAGAUAAAUACCCAGAGGAAGUGAAGUUACU